CAGAAACGAAAGUUGUGGUCUUCGUGCGUUGAGCUGCCGUCUCCACGUCCAAGUCUCAGGACUCCACCCCAACACCACUCACGCGCCACCAUUUCCAUGGCGGUCGAAAUCUCGGUUGCCACCUCCUCCCGCUCUCCCCGCUUGGGCCGGAACCCCUUUCUCGGCCCCAAACCCACCUCCCCCUUCACCCCCACUUCUCUCUUCAUCCCUUCCAUUCGGCGGCACGAAAACAUUUUCCGGUGUCGGAAGAAGACAAGACUGACGGUUUGUUUCGUGGUGGAGGAGGAGAAGCUGAGCACAGAGGUGGUGGAGAAUCGGAGCGAGGAGACUCUGGCGAGUCAGAUCUCCGCCGCCCGGGUGGCGGAGAAGCUCGCCAGGAAGAGAUCAGAGCGGCUAACGUACCUUGUUGCGGCUGUGAUGUCGAGCUUUGGGAUCACUUCCAUGGCUGUUAUGGCAGUUUACUACCGGUUUUCAUGGCAAAUGGAGGGCGGGGAGGUUCCCUUGUCCGAGAUGUUCGGGACAUUUGCUCUGUCGGUUGGAGCCGCUGUAGGCAUGGAGUUCUGGGCGAGAUGGGCUCACAAAGCUCUCUGGCACGCCUCCUUAUGGCACAUGCACGAGUCCCACCAUAAACCAAGAGAAGGUCCAUUCGAGCUCAACGAUGUUUUCGCGAUCACAAAUGCAGUUCCAGCCAUAGCCCUCCUCUCCUAUGGCUUCUUCCACAAAGGCCUCGUCCCUGGUCUAUGUUUUGGUGCAGGCCUUGGAAUUACCGUGUUUGGAAUGGCCUACAUGUUUGUCCACGAUGGUCUCGUCCACAGGAGAUUUCCAGUGGGGCCCAUUGCGAACGUGCCCUAUUUCAGACGCGUAGCUGCAGCACACCAACUCCACCACUCAGACAAAUUCAAUGGGGUCCCAUAUGGGCUGUUCUUGGGCCCUAAGGAAGUGGAAGAGGUGGGAGGCAAGGAUGAGUUGGAGAAAGAGAUCAAUCGCAGAGCCAGAUUAUCCAACGGUCCAAGAUGAAUAGGAUGUUUUAGAUACGUUGGGUGAGCGUGUAGGUGAAUGAAAUGAGUACUGACUAUGGUCUAUUAGUCACUUUUUCUCAAAAAUGGAGGAAUAGGAAAAGGUGUAUGGAUGAUGAAUGAAUGCAAAUUUUCUCAUCUUUGUGUACCA